UACUACUAGUAGAGGUCAGUACAUAAUCAUUUUAAAAUCAUGAGCACACCUGAGAAAAAGGCAAGGAUAUACUUUGCUGGAUCCAUUCGUGGGGGUAGAGAGGAUCUAGAGAUAUACAAAGAAUUAAUUACCUAUCUACAGACCAAAGGGACCGUAUUGACUGAGCACAUUGGGUUGGACGACCUCGAUGACCUAAACAAAGAGAAGAAACGUACAGAUGUGGAUAUCUGGGAGAGGGAUAUGGAAUGGCUAUACAGCUGUGAUGUGAUUGUAGCUGAAGUGACACGGCCAUCGUUGGGAGUUGGAUAUGAGCUUGGUAUUGCGGAGAAGAUAAGGAAGCGAGUGAUUCUGCUGUUUCGAGAUGAUACAGGCAAGCAAUGUUCAGCCAUGCUCACCGGUAACGCGCACUUUAAAGAGCGCAUAACAUAUACAAAGGUGGCCACCGCCUGCGAACAGUUAGAUGCUCUCCUUUAGCCUCGGUUCAACUCUAUAAUAGGGCACUAUCUACAAUAUACUAUCGGCUUUAGGUCGAUUCCGCGGUAGACAUAUACUUUUAACAAGCAAUUCAUAGACAUUCGACAUCGUCGAAGUGAUGGCUUGCAGACGACAGCAUCUAAUAUUUCGGGGCUGUCAGAGAUUCAUGUUGUGCGUUACAAUAUGAAUCAAAUUGCUUAUUCCCCUGUGCGAAGAAGCUUACUUAUGGGGCAGUUACUGCAAUUACUACUUGCGUCCAAACCUUUCAGCCAACCUGAG